AUGUCGCAUCUGGACGAUAAUCCUUCGACGCCUGGGAAAUAUAAAUCUCCUCACUUGCAGCGUACGCGGUGGCAAUCCUCCGUGGCGAAGCUUGCUUUUUGGUCGCUGGUGUUUGUGGGUUUGCUCUUCAUCUUCUUCUACCGAUCUCCCAUUUCCAAUCCCUCUUCCUCCGAUCCUUCUCGCCGCUCUCUCCGCACCUACUCUUGGGGCGGUCCCGCCUGGGAGAAGCGUGUCAGAUCCUCCGCCCGUCUUCGUUCCCGCAACGGCCUCUCCGUCCUCGUCACCGGAGCCGCCGGAUUCGUCGGGACCCACGUCUCAGCCGCUCUCAAGCGCCGGGGAGACGGCGUUCUAGGGCUCGACAACUUCAACGAUUACUACGAGACGUCGCUCAAGAGGUCAAGGCAAGCCCUCCUGGAGCGAAGCGGAGUGUUCAUCGUGGAGGGAGACAUCAACGACGCGUCCCUCCUGAAGAAGCUCUUCGAGGUCGUCCCUUUCACUCACGUUAUGCAUUUGGCCGCUCAAGCCGGCGUCAGAUACGCCAUGGAGAACCCCAGCUCCUACGUCCACAGUAACAUCGCUGGCUUCGUUAAUCUCCUCGAGGUCUGCAAAUCCGCUAAUCCGCAGCCGGCGAUCGUGUGGGCGUCGUCGAGCUCGGUCUACGGAUUGAACACCAAAGUCCCCUUCUCGGAGAAAGAUCGAACAGAUCAGCCCGCGAGCCUCUACGCUGCGACCAAGAAAGCCGGGGAGGAGAUUGCUCACACUUACAACCACAUCUACGGCCUCUCCCUCACCGGCUUGAGGUUUUUCACGGUCUAUGGCCCGUGGGGAAGACCGGACAUGGCCUACUUCUUCUUCACCAGAGAUAUCCUCAAGGGGAAAGCCAUCUCCAUCUUCCAAGGAGCCAACCACGGGACAGUGGCAAGGGAUUUCACAUACAUUGAUGACAUAGUGAAAGGAUGCCUGGGGGCUCUGGACACGGCGGAGAAGAGCACGGGGAGUGGAGGGAAGAAGCGUGGUGCGGCUCAGCUGAGGGUAUUCAAUCUGGGGAACACGUCACCGGUGGCGGUGAGUGAACUGGUGAGUAUACUGGAGAGAGUGUUGAAAGUGAAAGCCAAGAGGAAGAUGAUGAAGCUGCCGAGGAACGGGGAUGUGCAGUUCACGCAUGCGAAUAUAAGCUCAGCGGAGAGAGAGCUAGGGUACAGGCCAAGCACGGAUCUGCAGACAGGUCUCAACAAGUUUGUAAGAUGUUGUCGUCUCUCUUCAUCUUCUACUGCCUCCGAUCCUCAUCUCAUCUAUCCAUCAAUGUCCUUCUCCGAUUCCGAGUCUUCAUCCUCGCAUGCCCGCGACGGCGGAGACUACAAGUUCUUUCGUCAGAUCAGCCGCGAUCGGCUGCUGCACGAGAUGCUUGGAUCUACGAAAACCGGGGAUUCAAAAGCUUGGAAGAUACUGAUAAUGGAUAGAGUUACGGUCAAAGUUAUGUCUCAGUCUUGCAAAAUGGCUGAUAUCACCGAUCAAGGGAUUUCCUUGGUAGAAGAACUGUUUAAGAGAAGGGAGCCAAUGCCUGGCAUGGACGCUAUCUACUUUAUCCAACCAUCCAAAGAGAACAUUGUCAUGUUUCUAUCUGACAUGUCUGGGAGGGAGCCCUUGUACAGGAAGGCAUAUAUAUUCUUCAGCUCAACUAUCCCUAAAGAAUUGGUCAAUCACAUCAAAAGUGACUGUAGUGUAUUACCCCGCAUUGGUGCUUUGCGAGAGCUGAACAUGGAGUACUUCCCCAUAGAUAAUCAGGGAUUUCUUACUGACCAUGAGCAAGCAUUGGAAACGCUCUAUGCUGAAGAUGCUGACAAGUCACGCCAUUUUGAUAUUUGUUUGAAUAUGAUGGCUACUAGAAUUGCUACCGUUUUUGCUUCACUCAAGGAACUUCCCUUCGUUCGAUAUCGAGCUGCUAGGUCCAAUGCGUCGCGGGACAUGGUUCCCUCAAAGCUUGCUGCUGCUAUUUGGGAUUGUAUCUCCAAAUAUAAAGCCAUUCCCAAUUUCCCACAGACCGAAACAUGUGAGCUGCUCAUUGUGGACAGAUCAGUGGAUCAGAUCGCUCCCAUCAUACACGAAUGGACCUAUGAUGCCAUGUGCCAUGAUUUGCUUGAUAUGGAGGGGAAUAAACAUGUUCUCGAGGUUCCUAGCAAAACUGGUGGGCCUCCGGAGAAAAAGGAGAUAGUGCUUGAAGACCAUGAUCCAGUCUGGCUUGAGCUUCGACACUCACAUAUAGCAGAUGCUAGCGAGCGGUUGCAUGAGAAGAUGACCAACUUUGUCUCAAAGAACAAAGCCGCACAAAUGAGAUCAAAAGAGGGGAGCGAGAUGUCAACGCGUGAUCUGCAGAAAAUAGUUCAGGCUUUGCCACAAUAUGGAGAACAAGUUGACAAGCUGUCCACUCAUGUAGAGCUAGCUGGAAAAAUAAACAGAAUAAUAAGGGACACGGGACUUCGGGAUCUAGGGCAGCUGGAACAAGAUCUUGUUUUUGGGGACGCAGGUGCCAAGGACGUUAUCAACUUUCUCAGGACAAAUCAGGACACAAACCCGGAAAACAAAUUGCGGCUAUUGAUGAUUUAUGCAACAGUGUACCCAGAGAAGUUCGAAGGUGACAAGGGCGUAAAGCUCAUGCAGCUUGCUAGAUUGUCACCCGUGGAUAUGAAGGUUAUAAGCAACAUGAAGUUGAUAGCUGGAUCUCCAGAAAGCAAGACUAAAUCCGGUAGUUUCUCCCUCAAAUUUGACGCUGGAAAGACAAAACAAGCAAACAGGAAAGAUCGGUCUGGUGAAGAAGAAUCAUGGCAACUGUUCCGCUUUUAUCCCAUGCUAGAGGAGCUGCUUGAGAAACUCGUGAAAGGGGAUCUAUCAAAGAGCGACUAUCUAUGUAUGAACACCAAGGAAGCAAGUGAAAAGGAAGAGAGUGAAGCACGAACAGGAUCAGUGAGGAAGACUAGUGCUCCUCCUGCAGCGGUUCCAGAGCGAAAGGCCACCCCUCAUUCUAUGAGGUCAAGACGUACUGCAACCUGGGCACGUCCUCAUUCUUCUGACGAUGGAUCUUCCUCCGACUCUGUCUUGAAAACUGCUUCUGCGGACUUCAAGAAGCUUGGCCAACGCAUCUUUGUAUUCAUUAUUGGCGGGGCUACCAGAUCCGAGCUUCGGGUUUGCCACAAGAUGACAAGCAGUUUGAGGAGAGAAGUGGUACUAGGCUCCACUAGUUUCGACGAUCCCCCACAAUACAUCACGAAGCUGAAACUGCUGUCGGAGAAAGACAUAACAGCGGCUCCUGCUCAGCCCUUCAAACCGCAAUACUGGUGA